AUGGCUGCCGGCGCUGCCACCUCUUUCACUUUGUGCAUAUUCUUUGAAAUCUUUUUGUUUACAACUGUGAAAUCAUCGUACCCUCCAAUACAAAAUGAAACUUGGGGAUACGUAGAAGUCAGGAAUGGUGCAUUUAUGUUUUGGUGGCUUUAUGGUGCGGAAGUAGAGGAUCCAAUGGCGCGUCAAGACAAGCCUUUGGUCAUGUGGUUGCAGGGUGGUCCAGGAUCUUCCUCCACGGGGUUUGGAAAUUUUGAAGAGAUAGGCCCGGUAGACGUGAAUCUAAAACCGCGAAAGACAACGUGGAUCAAAGAAGCAAACGUACUGUUCGUGGAUAAUCCAGUUGGAUGUGGUUAUAGCUAUGUUUUGGAUCAAAAGGCUCUCACCACAAAUAUCUCAGGUAAGGUACUGUAGCUAUGACAUGACUCACCAAUUUUUAUUCUUUUAUACUUAUCUUAUUGACCUCAAACCCACACUUUGGAGUAGCAAAUUCGAUUUCAUUCAUUCCAUUUAUAACUUUAUUUUAUUUCGGAUCGUAGUGUAGCACAUAGUGCUAGUAUCUCCGAACGAUUGAAGUUUGUACAGUGGAACCUCAUUUAAUAACACAGGGGCACCCAACGAGAAUGUAGUUCAAAACCACUUACACAUAGCAUUGUUAAACGUAUUUUAGUAUUUAAACGGUAGAUAAAGGCAUAUUUUUAUCCCCUAAAAAAUUUUCAUCUGUUCGGAUUUCCUAGCUGAAAGUCUAGUGAUCCGAAAAUUAUAGAGAUCAAAACUUACCUUUUCGAAAAUUUCAGCCAGAAAAAAGGCUCCCGAAAAUUCUAGGUGACCUUUUUAGGAUAAAAAAUACGUUAAAAAUGGCCAAUUAUACCAUUUUCUAGAUGUUCGAAAAUCCUAGGAGAGGCAGGCAAGCAAGAAAUUUUACAACAAAUGUUCGGAAAAUUCUAGAUUUCAAAUCGUCGUCCGAACAGAUAUUUUUCCGAAAAUUGUCGUUGGGUGCCCCUGAUAACAUGAUGGUCACCAUUGGGCCGUAUUAACGGGAUGGCCGUAUUAUCAGGCCGUAAUAACAAAUACACCUUACAUCACAUUCGCAUUUCUUGAGCAACUGUUCUGAUUCAAGCAACGACAAUGUAGAUAUCAUGGUCCAGUAAUUGAAAAAAAGGUACUUAAAAUUUUCCUUCAGCAAAUAAAACACUUUCAAAAUUCGGCUAUAAACUUAAUGUUUACUGUAGGCUCAGAGUACUAGCAAGGUCAAUAAAAUUGACAUGUCACAGGCAUUCGAACAAGUGGCCACCAUAGUGGCCGUAUUAAUUAACGGGGUGAAAUUAUAAGAGAUUCUACUGUUUGGGAUUUUAAAAUGUGACAAAUGUGGUGGUUGGCCGUAUGAACGGGUGACCAAAUUAACAAGGAUUUUUUUAUAAGGAAAUGUAUGGCCAUUUUGCUGGGCCAAAAAAAAGUGGGUGUAAUAACGAAGUGACCAUAUUACCGAGGUGGCUGUUAGGUUGGGUUCCACUGAACAAGCAAAUAUCAUAUUACAAAGUCUCAACUGUCACUAGUAAUGCAAAACCAACUCGCUUGCGUCACUGAAUGUAACUUACCCUCUACCCUCGUGAUGUGCUAACGUGAGCUCAAGACGCCUAUGUUUGCCCCGGUUAUUUAGCCCCCUAUUUCAGAAUGAGAAGUAUUAUAUUUGAAGCACACUUGUUUUGGUUUAUGGCUUAUAGAAAGAAGAAUAUUACUUCAAUAAUAAUAUUUCUUGUUCUGAAUAACCCUAUUUGGUUGUUUUUUGUGUUAUGACUACUCAACAAGUAGUCUGGAUUGUCCUGUAUGCUUGUUAUCAAAUUGUCAAUCUGCAGGCAUGUGACACACAUAAAGUUUGUGAGUUGGCAGGCAGAUUUAAUGUGAAGCAGGAUUAACACAACACAUUAUUUGAGGAAACAACUGGCCAAAAAGCCAGUUACCUUAUAGAAUUGCUGUAGAAACUGAGAGAACAGACCACCCAUGAUCUACAGUGUUCAGUGAGCUGAAAAAUGAAAUGGCUCAAUCAUUCAAUCUUUGCCAAGCGUGCCAAUCCGCCCUCCCGACCCUCCGCCCCCCCUCCCCUUCCCUUCUCACCAGGCAGUUUGGCAUUAAAUUUUUUGUCAAGUGUCGUGUUCCCAUGGUGGGGAAUUAAUUUUUCUUCAAAAUUCUGCCCAGGGAAGGGGAAUUUGUCAUUUAAAAAUUUCUUUUGUUCUACUUCCCCAUGGCACAUAAAAAUUAUCAAAGUACAAGAAGGCUUUUGGUAGUUCAAAACAUUUGGUUUGAUUAAUAAGAAUAUUAUUGCCUUUACCAAACACAAAGCAUGAGAAAGCAAUUGAGAAGAGAUUAGAGCACACUGUUGAGCUGAAACGGCCAUGGAGGGCUUUGGGAAGCUUUGCAAAGAAUUUGAAAAGAAAUUUUCUUUGCUUUCAUAGGGGUGGAGGAGGAGAUAGGGGGUUGAAACCAAAUUAAUCACUCUCCAGAAAGGAGUAUGGAUACAAAACUUUCUUGUCAGAGAACUGAUGGUUUUGUACAAAUCAGAGAAGGGGAUAUCUCUGUUUGUGAAGAGAAAUUUUUUCUAAUGCUAUCUAUAUGGGGUAUGUUCAUGAACAAGGUAUCUCUAUGCUAUAAUUUCAGAGUUAUUACUCUGAUUAACUGGUCCUAUUUUCCCUUAUAGAAAUAACCAGAGACUUGAUGACAUUCUUCAGGUCCUUUCUCAGUAAACUGCCAGUGUUUGAAAGUAUGCCUUUCUAUGUAGCUGGUGAGUCUUACGGUGGUAAAAUGGCAAGUGCAUUUGCUGCUGCUUUACAUGAGGCAAUUGUAAAGGAGGAAAUCCAAUGUCAGUUAGCUGGAGUAGCUCUUGGUGACUCCUUGAUAUCAUUUCCUGAUACGGUACUGUCUUAUGGACCAUAUCUCUUCUCCCUUUCUCUCUUGGACAACAAAGAUUUCCAUCAAGUCCAGCAGAUAGCUGCAGAAACAGCCAUGGCUGUGUAUAAAGGUGAAUAUGACAAAGCCAUGCAUCUUAGUAACCUACAAAACUACCUUAUUGCCAAAUUCACUGACAAUGUUGAUGUUUAUAAUGUCCUUCAUCAUAAUGUACCUGAUGAUGCCGCAAUGUUGACAAGUAAGUACAAGAAAUCUUCAAGGUUGUUGUCUUAUAAAGUGUUAGCAGAGUACGUAGCAAGGACCAAAAGUGAUACUCUUUAUCAGCUCAUGAAUGGACCAAUCAGAAAAAAGCUUGGGAUAAUACCAGAUGAUGUCACAUGGAGUGGGCAGUCAGAUAUGGUUUAUAGCAGUCAAGAGGAUGAUAUCCCAUCAUCUGUUUUAAAAGAUGUGAGCAAGCUCAUUCAAGUGGGUGCAAAAGUGGUUGUUUAUCAGGGUCAGCUUGACAUGAUCUGCGGUACACUCGGUGCAGAGUCUUGGAUUAAGAAACUCAAAUGGGAUGGCUUAUCUGAGUUUUUAAACUCCUCCAGAAUACCUUUGUAUGCACCAUCAAAACUGGCCAAGAAACAAACUGGUGCAUUUUUAAAGGCUCAUGAGAACUUUUACUUGUAUUACAUUCUUGAUGCUGGGCAUAUGGUCCCUAUUGAUGCUCCAGAAAUGGCAUUAGAAAUGCUAAAAAAGAUUCUUUAUUAG